GACGCAAUGCGCGCGCCCCCACUAGAUGCUAAACUGCUGGCCGGUCUGGCCUCUUCCCUGUCUGUGCUUCUGCACUUAAACCCAAUUCCUGGAGGAGUCUUCCGGGUUUGGGCCUCCGCUGUGGUGCGGUUGUUGGGCACAGUGCUUACGGCCUCUUGUGCCUCACCUGUGGACCGGAGACUCAGGCCUCACUCACUUCGAUUCCUCAAUUAGCAGCAGAACCAUCAACAAAUGUUUGUUGGAUAAGAACAAAUAAAGAGAUUGGAAAGGAGCGAAGCCUUUUUGACUUGUUUCAGUUGUUCCCGCCUACUCCAUCUUCUUCCAGGUCAGGGGGUGUGCCUCAGAGAAAGAAGGAAACGAAUUUUGCGGGCGGUCACACACUUGGAACGUUUAGUCGGGCCUUUGGAUUUCCCUAGAGUCUGUAAUCACGCCGGGAUCUCUUCUAAUGGAACUCAUUUGGUCUAUGGCUUCGCUAUCCUCACAUCAUUCUUUUUUUUUAGUUUGCGGUACUUCUGGAAACUGAAAACUACCAGGAGAAUAGAUGGGACUAGUAAAAGCAGCAAACCCCAAAUCCCCGCGAGCUUCUUGCUUACGAAAUCGAUGCUCUAAUCAUUUAUUGUGAUCCCAUACUACUGCUUCAGUUUCUCUUUCAUUUAACAGUUCCAACAGUCAUGGAGAAGCGCCUUCAGGAGGCUCAGGUAUACAAGGAGGAAGGAAACCAGCGCUACCGGGAAGGAAAGUACCGAGAUGCUGUGAGUAGGUACCAUCGAGCUCUUCUUCAGCUGCGGGGUCUGGACCCAAGUCUGCCUUCCCCUCUAUCUAGUCUGGGACCUCAGGGCCCAGCUCUCACACCGGAGCAAGAAAACAUACUGCACACCAUCCAGACCGACUGCUACAACAAUCUAGCUGCCUGUCUCCUCCAGAUGGAGCCGGUGAACUAUGAACGAGUGAGGGAAUAUAGUCAGAAAGUCCUAGAACGACAACCCGAUAAUGCCAAGGCCUUGUAUCGGGCUGGAGUAGCCUUCUUCCACCUGCAAGACUAUGACCAGGCUCGACACCACCUGCUUGCUGCUGUCAAUAGGCAACCUAAAGAUGCCAAUGUUCGGCGGUACCUCCAGUUGACGCAGUCAGAACUCAGCAGCUACCAUAGGAAGGAGAAACAGCUGUACCUGGGCAUGUUUGGUUAAUGAAGAAAAGAUAUACUUCUCAACUUGAACUCAAGUGGACAAAGGCCCACUGGGGAAUCUGAGCCUCACUCAGCAAAAGGAGUUCACCCUUUACCUCUGACCCAGGUGGAUUUCCAUUUUGUUUCCUGUUCUGCACAAGCUCUUUGCUCCUUAGACCAUCUGCAUCAUUUAUUGUCUGUCCCCUAGUAUAUUUGUAUGGCUUCCAAUCCAUAUUACUUGCCUUGAGAAAUAACUAGAGAACAUUCAUUGACUGUGGGUGGAAUCAACUGUAUUUGUGGCAUAGAUUUAAUGGGGUGUUAUUAGAUGUUUUCAGAUACAGAGGGGAGGGCCGGUGAAGGAUGAGACAGUAAGGAUAGGCAGAAAGGAAUCUUCUUUUGUUUCUUCAGAUGCCUUUGUUUUGCUUAGUGGGAUUUUUUUUUUCUUUUAAUUAUAAAUUGAGCCCAAGUAUAUUUACAUUAAAGAUUUGAAAUUAGCCAGGCAGUGGAGGCACACGCCUUUAGCCUUUAAUCCCAGCACUUGGGAGGCAAAGGCAGGCAGAUUUCU